AUGGUUCAAUUAGUGGAUUCUUCAACAUUAAAGAAAGAUGUUGUUGAAGGUGUGGACUUGAUGGUUAUAAGGGAACUUACAGGAGGUAUCUACUUUGGAAAACCAAGGGGAUACGGAACAAACCAAAUUGGCAACGAGAUCGGCUUCAACACUGAGGUUUAUGCAGCAUACGAGGUUGACCGCAUUGCUCGCAUUGCAUUUCAGACAGCUCGUAAACGCAAUGGAAAACUUUGUUCUGUUGACAAGGCAAAUGCCCUCGAGGCAUCAAUGUUCUGGAGGAAAAGGAUAAUAGCAAUAUCCGCAGAGUAUCCUGAUGUUGAACUCUCUCAUAUGUAUGUUGAUAACGUAGCUAUGCAACUACUUUUGAAAUGUAUGCAAUUUGACACAAUAGUUACAAACAACAUAUUUGGUGAUAUUUUAUCAGAUGAAGCUUCAAUGAUCACCGGAAGCAUUGGAAUGCUUCCUUCUGCUAGUCUUGCCGCAUCGGGACCUGGGCUGUUUGAACCCAUCCAUGGUUCUGCCCCUGAUAUUGCAGGACAGGAUAAAGCAAACCCGUUGGCAACUAUACUCAGUGCUGCUAUGCUUCUGAAAUAUGGUUUGGGUGAAAAGAAAGCAGCUGAUAGAGUCGAGUUGGCUGUGCUGAAUGCUUUAGAUAUGGGACUCCGUACCCACGACAUUUACUCACUUGGGAAUAAAUUGGUUGGAUGCAAGGAGAUGGGUGAACAAGUGUUGAAGUGUUUAGAUGCAAAGACACCUACAUGA